GAAAAUCAAUCAAAAUUUUGGUAUCCGUAAAAUAGAACCGUGAACACACUCACACGAAAUCUGCUACGGUGCGUUUUCUUCGCAGGCGAAAAACGGAGGCCCAAAAACCCUGGAGGAUAUGCAUUAGAGUCGAGCGGCAAGCAAAAAGGACAGUUUAAUUUUUUGUUUUCUGUUAGUGGUGGUGUUGCAGCUGCUUUGGGUGAUACGGCUUGCUUUCUGGUGUGUGUCUUUCCGUACUAAAGGUGUCCGCUGCGUAGCCCAGGCGCCGAUUUGUUUUCGUCCUUUCGUUCGCUCAGUAUCGGGGGGUUUUCUUUUUUUGGAGUCUUCGAAGUCCUCCGAGUUCGUCCGGAAAGUGGUUCCAAUCGUUGGUGUCCUGAUACAUUGCGUUUGGGGAUUGCUAGGUACGACCCAACAUACAGUGUCAGUGCGUCACGGGAGGAAAACAAACCAAGUGACCUAUCCCCCCUCCCCCUACCCCCUGCCGAACGGGUGUAAAAUGGUGUAGCAAAGAAGGAAAAGUGUGUGUGCAUGUGUGUGUGUGUGUGUGUGUGUAGCACAGUAAAUCCAAGGAUGCGCAGGAUAUAUACAGUGGGAGAAAUGUACACGUGUGUAUGCGCGUGUUAGCACAACGUUCCAGGCCGUACUGCUGGAUUGCUGGCUCCCCCACCGCCUGUUCCCGGUCCAGUGGCGUGAAAACAUGAGCACAGCUCCUCCCGGACGGAAAAACGCAGUGCAUUAACCUUCCUGCAGGAGGAUACGAGAACGGUGAACGGAGGAGGAAAUUGCGGAACAGUACGCGAAUUCGAUUUCGCUAUCCGGUUUAUCCCCUCCAGUCCGUUUAUUUUCCUUUCCCCCGCCACCACUAACCCCUCCCGUUCAGUGUGCUUUCCGUGUUCCGGGGGAAAAUGCUCGAUAGCUGCACCAACGCAACGUCCAACAAAUGGCACUAUUUGAGCAAACCGAAACCACAACGAAGGUUACGCUAGACGACACCGAAGCCUGCUGCUGUACGAUCGAAACAGCACAAACCAUCGACGGGCAUACGGAGUAUGUGGUGCGGGUACAGCGCGGCCCGUAUCCGGAAAACAGCUGGCGCAUACUGCGGCGCUACAAUGACUUUGCCUCGCUCAACAAGUGUUUGCAAAUUUCCGGGAUCGAUUUGUCAUUCCCCGGCAAGAAGCUAAUUGGUAAUAUGCGCCCAGAUUUCAUCGCUGAACGGUUGAACGCAUUACAGGAGUAUAUAAAUCAAGUACUAAUGAAUCCCAUUUUGGCAUCAUCGUUACCAACCAAAAAGUUCAUCGAUCCGGACAGUUACUCGACGCCGUUCCAUGAUUUGGCCCUACAGUAUGCGUCGAUGAGCCUGCGCACCGAUGGCGUGUACACGCUCGGCCAGUCGCUCGGUCCGAUCGGAUGGCGGCUACGCAAGCACUACUUCAAGGUGGUGCACAAACCGCAGGGCAACAAGCAUUCGCCCGGCCAUUCCACCACCAAGCACCAUCUGAUCAAGUCGAGCUCGCAGUCGCACGGCAAGCAGCACACGACGCAGGUGUGCGUGACUACCUCGACCGAGAAGGACUACAACAGCAGCACGCGGGACCACAGUGGGCGCGACGAUCUGAUCCUCAGCUGGACCGAGUUCGGGCCCGAUCGGUACAUCGACGAGAAGGAGAUCCACACGGUGCUGAAAAACUUUGGCGGCGUGCAGCAUCCGUACAUCGUGCCGAUCGAGCACAUUGCGUCGAACGACAGUGGCGCGCUGGUGAUACGCAAGUUCUACAAGCAGGGCAGCCUGAAGGAUGUGCUGUGCUCGGCCAGCCCGUGCAAUCCGUUCCUAUCGAAGUAUGGCAGCCCGAAGGGUCGGACGCCGCUGCCGCUGAAGGAUUUGGCGCUGUACGCGCGGCAGAUCCUGGAAGCGAUUCGCUUCCUCCACUCGAAGGGUAUGGCGUGCGGGCACGUGCACUGCGGCAACGUGAUCGUGGUGGACGGUAUCGCGAAGCUGAUGGAUGUGGAGAACUUCAUCUUUGGCGUGCCCUCCUUCUAUCGGCCGUUCUUCGUGCAGCACAGCAAGAUCAACACGUGCGAAGCGAUCGACGUGUACGGCUUUGGCCACCUGCUGUACGAGAUGUGUAUGGGGUACCCGUUGCAGGAUUCGUACGCGCGCCAGAUCAGCGAUUGCCCAGAUAGCUUAAAAUCCUUGCUGGAGUCGAUCCUGUCGAAGGACGCCUGCAAAUCAUCGCUGCCAACGCUGGACCAGCUGACAACGCACCCGUUCUUCGGCGAGUAUGCGGGCCAGUUUAACGAUUUGUAUGCGACUACCAUUGCUGUUCAGAAGCCACAUCUAAAGUUCUCUACCAGCGCCAAAGAGCAGUUGAAGCUGGCGGUUCAAAAGACUGAGAAUCGUGUCCGCGACGAACAGCGCUCCGUGAAGAACCAGAAGCGGCUGGUGCGGGUGCAAGAGAUGAUGACGUCCGAGGAGGAGAAGAAGAAAAUCAAACAGAAAGCUAAACAUGAGCAGAAACAGGCCAAGCUGCGUGCACAAAACUCUCUGCAGUUAAACAAUGGGCCACCGACGACGGGUUCGGCUGGCAUUACCGCAACGGUGCAUCUGUCCAGCUCGACCGGCGGUAUCGUCAAAUCGGACAGCGCCAACAGCAUUACCUCACCGCAGGAAGCAUUGAUGUCGCCGCCACCGCAUGCGACGGACAGUGGCGGAAGCACAUCGCCGCAGCCGCCCCCUUCUGCGCCACCGAUUCCGGGACCACUGUCAUCGGUGCCGCUGUUUGCAGCCGAUUCCGACCCCAGCCAAGCACCCGGUUCCAGCGCCACAGGUAAGCAGCUCGCGAAGUCAAUUUCCGGCGACGAGCCUACUACCGGUAACCGCAGCGCACUGCUCCAAUCGAUUUGUAAUUUUAACAAAAGCGGACUGAAAAAGGUCGUUAGUCCAACCGAGGCGGGCGGUAAAUAGAAGCAAAACGCUCACGCUAACUGGUCCGUCGCAAACGAUCGUCCGUCGUUGUGUCCUGUCCUUCCUUAGCCCGAGUGAAAAGGCUGUUGUUAGCGAGGGAUGGCGGCAGCGGCGUCGGCGGGUUUAGCGAAACAAAAUGUGAAAUGAAAGGAGAUUAGAUCACUAGCACGUUAGGAAUUCUUUAAACGUUUAAUGGUACGUUUCUAUGUUUUGUGUGGCGGAAAGACUUUUAACUACCACUGGACUGAGGAGAAGUAUGAAGCGCCAACCGGCGCACCUGAGAGAAUCGUAUGUGCAAAAAUGAAAGAAUCGUAAACACUGCGACACAUCCUUCGCCACAUCAUUCGCUAUAUCUCUUAAAAUCAAACCAGUGAAUGGGUUUCGCAACACUUUCACACACACAGACACACAGGAUGAGCACGAUUUUUGGACCAAUUUUUCAUAACAUUAGUAGCAAAAUCAAAUCCAAACGUACAUGAAUGAAUAAACAACACUUGAUUAAGAAACAAACAAACCUGUGGGCCCGAACGCAAACAGAGUUAAAAAACUAAAACAUACUAAAUGAACUAUAAAACUGACCUGAUCGUUGGAAUAAAUCAUGUAGCCAAAGUAGUAGUCGAACGUAACAAGGAAACGAAUGUAGACUAGAAAUGGAACAGCAGGCAAUAUGGAAAAAAAUUGCAAUCGAAGAAGGUUUUUAGCUUUUUUUACCUUCGAAAUUGUUCUAAAAUAGUUCAAAAUGCUGUUUUGUGCGUUAAUUUUGAAGAAAGCUAGAAUUUGUUUAAAACGCAAAUGGAGUUUGUUUCUUAGGUCCCUUGUUACUUUUAAUACUUUUGUUGUUUAAUUUUUAGUUUUGUUAUAAUUAUUAUUUAAUAUUUCUAUCAUUUUAUUCUGUGUUAUCUACUCUUAUCAAGCACAUUGGUUUAUUUUCACUGAAAGUAAAUUAUUUAGCUGUUUUUUGAGAGUUUUUUGUUUGUCUUCUUUUUAAUCUGUAUGUGUUACAACAACCACAUCGUUGUUGUUUUCGCAACUCGAGUGUACACCUCAAUGCACUGAGAAUUGGUUAUUGCUUGGUGAUAUGCUUCGUUUUACUGUGUUGCCAAAUAUAUAAAAAUGUUGAUAGAAUAAAAAGAUAUAGGCAUGAAGUGAAUAAAGAAAAGGACUGGAAAAAUGUAACAUGCACUAGAAUGGCACCUCAUUUGAUGUUGAUACGAUGUCUAAAGGAAUUGUUGCAAAGGAAAACCCCUCCAGACAGUGAAAAUGUAAAGCAUACAGAGCAAAAGUAUUAGUCAAAUAUGAGUGUAGAGUUUAUAGGUAUGCAAUUAACACGUGGGAUUGAUUUGUUUUUGUAUUGUGCGUCCUGUCUAGCGAUAUUUUCUUAAGCUAGUUUUUGCUUCGUUCCUUAUUAGUGCAUACUAUACGUGGGAUAUGCAUGAGUGUGUAUGACUACUAUAACACAAUUGUAUGUUAUUAGACUUUUAAUGUGUUCUGGUUGUUUUGUUCGCCACAUUAGACGGAAAUCACAAUCGAUAACACAGAAAAGUUUUGCCUAACACUUUUCUACGUACCAUCACCAUGAAGAUUAUUUGUGAUAUGCUAUCACCGUGCCACUAAAUACAGUGAUACGUAUUGUGUCCAUGCUAACGCACUUCCAAAUGAAAAACAAAAAUGUGUAAAGUUUGAAACAUACCAGCAAAUCUUCAAAUCAGUAUCAACAAGCGUAUGAAUGAAAUGUGAUAUAAGUUUUACUGAAAUGUUUCUUCAAUUUGAUGACCGUUUCAAUACCUUCCAUUUAGCGCAUGAUUUUCAUUGUCAAACAUUUUAUAGAAUAAGCGAAAUGACUAUGACUAGCAACAUGAACAAUUGAAAACGGAUUUCGUCUAACAUCUCAACCGCUGGAAAUAUUUCCCUGAGUUAACGCAAGGUGAGCCAAUUGCGCCGCCAUGGUUUAUGAAUUGUAGAUGUAUAGCUUAAUAGUAACAACAAUAAUAAUAACAAUAUAUUACUAUCGUCCGUUGUACUUGCCGAGAGAAGAAAGCAAAAAAAAAAACAAACAAUUGUUCGCUGAUGGAAAUGAUCUUAUGAGCAAAACACAUACAUGCACAUACACGUAAAGUCGAAGACACAAAACACUCAUUCUCACUCACAGCAACACUAAUUGAUGCAACAAACAAGAGGGGACAUCCUAAAUCAAAUCCAAAUAAAUUAGGCUUUUUUAAAUUAUCACGUGUAACACUGAUGGUGAUGAGGAAGGAAGAAUUCUAUUAACAUUGUACUGUAGUAGUAGGGUGAUACAAUUCUGACGUGACGUGUGGUAGAGGCUAAAAUGCAUUCACAAUGAUUAAGAAAACCAAAAGCUACUAGACUUGCGCAUAGAUAUCGCGUACGCGUAUUUUAUAGAUGUUGCAUACGCAGCGGACUCUUCGCUUGCAUCAUUCGGAUACUGCUAGGUUUAGACAUCUAGCAUCUAGCCGCUAUCUCCUGUGCUACUGCAAUGUGAUCGUGACCAGAGAUCAGACGCGUCUGAUCUCCCUCACUGCACUGAAUCAAACUUCUUGACCCCGGUGACGUGGUGCGACGGUGGUGUAUCCCAAUCUUUUUCACGUGUUGCUUCAACGUCGUUCAAGUGAAAGGGUAGAGUAUAGUUGCAAAAGCUGCAGCCUAGUGCAGUGCCGAAAAGUAUUUGUGUAGUGCCAUAACAUUCUAGGUAAAAAAUGAAUAUGGAAAAAACUGUA